AUGGCGGCCCCGCUCAUUCCCCUUUCCCAGCAGAUUCCCACCGGAAAUCCAUUAUAUGAGUCUUACUACAAGCAGGUAGACCCAGCAUACACAGGGCGAGUUGGGGCGAGUGAAGCUGCACUUUUUCUAAAGAAGUCUGGGCUCUCAGACAUUAUCCUUGGGAAGAUAUGGGACUUGGCCGACCCAGAAGGUAAAGGGUACUUGGACAAACAGGGUUUCUAUGUUGCGCUGAGGCUGGUGGCCUGUGCGCAGAGCGGCCACGAAGUCACCUUGAGCAAUCUGAGCUUGAACAUGCCGCCGCCUAAAUUCCACGACAGCAGCAGCCCUCUGAUGGCCACGCCGCCUUCUGCAGAGGCCCACUGGGCUGUGCGGGUAGAAGAAAAGGCAAAGUUUGAUGGAAUUUUUGAAAGCCUCUCACCUGUCAGUGGCUUGCUGUCUGGAGACAAAGUCAAGCCAGUCCUCAUGAACUCAAAGCUGCCUCUCGACGUCCUGGGCAGGGUCUGGGACCUGAGCGACAUCGACAAGGACGGGCACCUGGACAGAGAUGAGUUUGCAGUGGCCAUGCACUUGGUGUACCGAGCCCUCGAGAAGGAGCCUGUGCCCUCCGUCCUGCCCCCAUCCCUCAUCCCGCCCUCCAAGAGGAAGAAGACAAUGUUCGCGGGUGCCGUGCCUGUCCUGCCCGCCAGCCCCCCACCAAAAGACAGCCUCCGCUCCACGCCUUCCCAUGGCAGCGUCAGCAGCCUCAACAGCACUGGAAGCUUGUCUCCCAAGCACAGCAUCAAGCAAGCACAGCCAACAGUAAACUGGGUGGUGCCAGUGGCGGAUAAGAUGCGAUUUGACGAGAUUUUCCUGAAGACCGACCUGGACUUGGACGGCUAUGUGAGCGGCCAGGAGGUGAAGGAGAUCUUCAUGCACUCGGGCCUCACCCAGAACCUUCUAGCACACAUAUGGGCCCUGGCCGAUACGAGGCAAACGGGGAAGUUAAGCAAAGACCAGUUCGCGUUAGCUAUGUAUUUCAUUCAGCAGAAGGUCAGUAAAGGCAUCGACCCCCCUCAAGUCCUCUCGCCGGACAUGUUGCCGCCCUCGGAGAGAGGCACUCCCAUCCCGGAUAGUUCAAGCACUCUUGGAUCGGGGGAGUUUACCGGUGUGAAGGAACUUGACGACAUCAGUCAAGAGAUCACCCAGUUACAGAGAGAGAAAUACUCACUGGAGCAAGACAUCCGGGAAAAGGAAGAGGCCAUCAGACAGAAAGCCAGUGAAGUACAGGAAUUACAAAAUGAUUUAGACCGGGAAACAAGCAGUCUGCAAGAGCUAGAAGCUCAAAAACAGGAUGCCCAAGACCGCCUGGAUGAAAUGGACCAGCAGAAGGCCAAGCUUCGAGACAUGCUUAGUGACGUCAGGCAGAAGUGCCAGGACGAGACCCAGAUGAUUUCCUCAUUGAAGACACAGAUCCAGUCUCAGGAAUCUGACCUCAAGUCCCAGGAAGACGACCUGAACCGGGCCAAAUCUGAGCUGAACCGACUGCAGCAGGAGGAGACACAGCUGGAGCAGAGCAUCCAGGCUGGGAAAGUUCAACUGGAAACCAUCAUCAAGUCCCUAAACUCCACUCAAGAUGAAAUCAACCAGGCCAGAAGCAAGCUCUCCCAGCUCCACGAGAGCCACCAGGAAGCCCAGCGCAGUCUGGAGCAGUACGACGAGACGCUCGACGGGGCGCCCGGUGUCGGCCUGACCACCCUGGCAGAGCUGAGCGCCGGUGUCUCCCUGACAGAGAGGGGCGGUUUUGGAGCCAUGGAUGAUCCUUUCAAAAAUAAAGCCUUGUUAUUUAGCAACAACGCCCAAGAAUUGCAUCCGGAUCCCUUUCAGGCAGAAGACCCCUUCAAAUCUGACCCAUUUAAAGGAGCCGAUCCCUUCAAAGGCGACCCAUUCCAGAGUGACCCCUUUGCCGAGCAACAAACAGCUUCAGCAGAUCCAUUCGGUGGGGAUCCUUUCAAAGAAAGUGACCCAUUCCGUGGCUCCACCCCUGAUGACUUCUUUAAGAAGCAGACCAAGAGCGACCCGUUUACCUCAGACCCGUUCACGAAAAACCCUUCCUUACCGUCAAAGCUUGACCCCUUUGAAUCCAGCGAUCCUUUUUCAUCCUCCAGUGUCUCCUCAAAAGGAUCAGGUCCCUUCGGAGCCUUAGACCCCUUCGGAAGUGGGUCCUUCAGUAGUGCCGAGGGCUUUGCCGACUUCAGCCAGAUGUCCAAGCCCUCAACUUCUGGGCCUUUCACCUCCUCCUUUGGAGGGACAGGAUUCUCAGAUGACCCCUUUAAAAGUAAGCAGGACACUCCCGCUGUGCCUCCGAAGAAACCUGCUCCUCCGCGGCCUAAACCGCCGAGCGGUAAAAGUACACCCGUAAGCCAGCUUGGUUCUGCAGACUUUACCGAACCCCCUGAUCCAUUCCAGCCACUUGGGGCCGACAGCAGUGACCCGUUCCAAAAUAAAAAGGGGUUUGGGGACCCGUUUAGUGGAAAAGAUCCAUUUGCUCCCUCCUCUUCAGCUAAACCUUCUAAAGCCUCCUCUUUGGGCUUUGCAGACUUCACCUCUUUUGGCAAUGAGGAGCAGCAGAUGGCAUGGGCCAAGCGGGAGAGCGAGAAGGCGGAGCAGGAGAGGCUGGCGCGGCUGCGGCGGCAGGAGCAGGAAGACCUGGAGCUGGCCAUUGCGCUCAGCAAGGCCGACAUGCCUGCUGCCUAG